GGAUGCGUACACAGAGUGCCCACACGCCCACACCAUCCCACAUCUCCGCAAUCUUCACACACCAGUUCUUAGCUCUUCCACGCUAGAAGAUCCUGUUGCCAGUAAGCACUGCUUGGUCUGCUGAAUACACGCACACCUCUUCAUGUCUCGACCGGCGAAACGAGACCCCAACCGCGUGUAUCAGCACAACAACCACAACAAGCUUGUAGGUGAGCAUCAGCCCCUACACCUGGCACUUUCGACGAGUUCUUCUUCUGCAGCUCGCUCCUGUAAGACAAUAAACAAAGGCCAGCUUGCCUCUUCGGUCUCUUGGGGCGCACAUAGGCUCGCGGAUGCUGCUCUUCAAGGCCCGCCGCUCACAAAGCUCCCGAAGCAUACCCCCACCGAGCGGCACAACAACGGCCCCAGAGCUCCUCUUCAGACGAUUGUGGCAGCACACUGCCUGGAUUCCAUCGAUCUUCCUCCUUUGAUGCUCAAGGUCCCCGAGGAUGCUGACUACUUCGAGUUGGCGCAGAAGAUCACGGGGGCCCUGCAGUCUUACCGCGACAAGGACGGAGAAGAAGUCUUCGUGAAGCAGGUUCUGCACGGCGGGUUCGACCAGAGUUUGGACCGUCCUGAGCUUACACCCAGAGGCUUUUACACUUUCUCGGGGGAACCAGUGCUGUUUCGAUUGGGCCCGAAAAAGCAGAUGAAUGUCUUCGUCCAGACCCCCGACGGGAAAACACUCCAGCUUGUCAUCAGCACGAACGACUCGACCACCGACGUGAAGAAAAAGAUCCAGCACAGCGAGGGCAUCAUCCCGCUCGACCGGCAGCGUCUGCUCUACACAAACCAAAUGAUGGACGAUCUUCUCACGGUUUCAGAAUACAAGAUCAAGGAAGGAGAUACGCUUCACUUGAUUCAGCGCGUGAGCGGGGGCGGGUGGGCGAGCCCUCCCUCGUGUGGAGAGUAUGUGAUCUUCGUCAAGACCCUUACCGGGAAAACUGUCAAGCUUGUCGUCGGCUCGUACAACACGAUCGCCGACAUUAAGCAAAUGAUGCAGGACAUGGAGGGGAUCCCGCCCGACCAGCAGCGGCUGAUAUUCGCCGGCGUGCAGCUGGAGGACGGUCUUACGAUUUCAUUUUACAACAUCCAAGGAAAUUCUACGCUUCACUUGGUCCUUCGCUUGAGAGGAGGUGGAUUCGCUGCUCCCCCCAUUGCCGUUGGCGCCAAGUUUGUCGACGUUUCCGACUCGUCCGGCCUCACAGAGCACGCUUUCUCGGACCAUGCCCCGCGCUGGAGGGUUGCCGAACCCGGGCUGUGCCUGGAAGGAAGGUGCACCAACAGCGACUGCGACGCUCACGGCCGCAUGGUCAUCCUCAACCAUGGGCUCCGGGACUUCGACCUGAUCCGGCCCGGCAGAGACCCGAAGCGCUGCCCAAUGUGCAACUUUGAGGUGGUUCCGAGCACCUGUGCCUUCACCGACUGCACGUGGAGGUACAAGGGGCGGAAGGCCGGGGAGACCAACGUCCUGGUCGGCAUGUGGAAAGAGGCCGGCGACAGCUACCACCGGUUCGAUGGAAGGGGUGAGGUGGAGUGGGACAGGCUGCUCAUCCAGGCCAGGCCCCUGCUCAAGCUUGAGCAACGUGUCCCUUCCGCACCGCCGGCGGACGAGAGGGUGGAACGUCCCAACACGACAGCCAUUUCCGCUACGUCAACCGUAGCAGACGUGAUCGACCACACGUGGGGUCGAUGCACGAGGUGCACGGAUUGUUCCGCGUUCGGGGCAACCUCUGCGUCGGACGAGACGGUCCUGGAUUGUGGUCACCGGUUCCACACCAGGUGCCUCACGGGCUGGGAGCAGGGCUCGAUGAUCGUUUGCCCCAUCUGCCGGGAAGAGUCGUGGCCGCUGCCCCAGUAGAGAGCAGUGUUGACACGCAUGUUUGGCCGACACAGGGCUCGACGCAGUGCGCAUGGUGUGGUGUCGUGUGUUUGGAUAUCGAGGCAUCGUUACUAUUCCGGAUGAAAGAAGAAACGCGUGUCUUUCUUGAGGUGGUCACCUGUCAACCCCAGGAGGCGUAGAUAUAUCUACGCCUAUGCUGCUGCUAGUGGUUUGAUUCUGAACUCCACCUCCCACAAGUGUUUUGUCAAGUACUGCGGGUAAAUGGCAUACGUUGAUCGUGAUCCGAAGACGAAGCAGAACAGGAGAGCGUUUAUGUCUCCGCCGUGAUUACCUCGGGGAGUCGUCUGUAUGACGUGAGUUGUGUUGGUUUGGGUUCAGCUGGGUUGGGUCGAACCGACUUGGGUUGGUCGGUGUUGGGUACUGAAAUGUGCCCUCUCGCUUUCACGUGUUCGUACCAAGGGGUAGAUUAGGAGGGGCCACACAGCAGGUCUCCACACACGGGGGGUGUUGUGAUACCUCUCUCCCGACACAACACGGACACUACCAUGUGAUAUUGCGUGGUCUCGCAAAGUUUGCGCGACUUGGGGGCGCCAUUUCGAACCCAGCUGCGCUGUAAGAUGUUGCAUCAUCGGCCGCCGAACGCGCCACGAAGAUGGCCGAAUGGAUCUCUGUUUGUGCACGCAUCUGGUCGUAU